AUGGUAGUACAUACUAAACCGAAAAAUUUUUUUGUGACGAGUUACUCACUUGUCGGUGACUUGUUCAAACCUGCAUACGAACGCGCCACGUCUGUGCUUGUUUGUGUUUACUUCUGUCACACAAUCAGUCAGACUGGUAAGCUGUUAGCUAGCAAUUUUAAAAAUAAACUGAAUCAAUUUGAACAAGCAUGUGCUGAUCAAGCAAACGAGAAAACACCUGCUAAAAGUGCAGAAAUUCCCAAAGAACAGAAAAAUAAUCUAAGGAAACAACUUGUCUCUGACAUUCCAGUUGAAGCUUUUGAGGCAACAAAGAAUGCUGUGGAUGAUGCUGAUACCAAUCAUGGAGCUCAUGACGCUGAUGUUGAUGAAGAUGGUGAUGAUGCAGAUGACGACAUGGAUCAAGGUCAUGAUAUUGAAGAUGACGACAUUCAUAACGCUAAUGGUGCUGAUGAUGAUGAUGGCACUCAUGAAGCUAAUGAAGGUGGUGAUAAUGUUGUUGAUCAAGAUGACGUUGCUGUUGUUGAUGAAGAUCAUGUCAGUGAAGAUAACAACGCAGAUGAUGAUGUCAGUCAUGAAGCUAAUGAUGAUGAGGAUGUCGAUAAUGAUCCAAACGUGCAGAAUACUGAAGAAAAUGUGAAAAAUAAACUGAAUUAA